CUUGUAUUUUGUAUGGAGCAUUUCUAUUUUUAUAACUGCCAAUGAACGGGCGAGUAGAAGUGAUUGGUGUGUCGUUGGUUCCCGAUUGGCUAUUUGGAGUGACGGUAUUAUUCGAACAAAACUCAUCAUGGCCAAGAGCAUCCGGUCCAAGAUCAAGAAGUACUGGCGCCGGGAGCUCCGCGCGACGAUCGGGAAGGCCGACCUGGAGAAGAAGGAGGCCAAGGUCCAGGCAGAGCUGAAGAAGGCCAUCGAUUCGCAGCAGGGAAGCUCCUUCGCGGGUCUCAAGGCCGCGUUCGGCAGUGUCAAGCCGGUCCAGGUGUCCCCCGAAGUGGACGAGUCCAUGACCGAAGGCGCCGUGGAAGCCGCGCUCCUGAACAACGAAAUCAAGCUGACCAACCGCAAGGACAACGCGGAGCUGGCCAAGAAGAAGAAGGGCGCAGGCAAGCCUGCAAAGAAGAAGUUCGUGCACUUCCACACCCUGCGAAAGAAGGGUGUAUAAAAGUAAGUGCAUCAAGUUUGUAGAUAAGUCAUUUCUAAUUUUAUAUCUCCUACUAAACCACCCG